AUGAACGUUGCAUCUGAUUUGGCUGUGGAGACAGUUUUGGAUACAGCGCUGGAGGUCUGUCCCAUCCCCCAAUCCGGCCGCCGCCAGCUACAGCUCCCUCCUCAGGAUCCUCCCUGUCUGGAUCCGCCGCCACAACUUCAUUCAACCAGCCAACGCGGGUUAGUUAGAUCCAGCAAUCCUGGCCGUGUGUGGUUAGAUCGGGCGAAUGGGAGGCCUCCUCGAUGCAGCGACCAACAUCCCCGUAAGGCCGAGCGCCUCGUUCCCCUCUUCUCUAGCCUCGAUCCAGGUUGGAUCGGAGUAGCAUCGGCGAGCGCCACCACCAGGAACAACCAUGGCAUCCAUGAACUCCAUGUCUGCCCAAAUGGACUCGAGCAGCCGUCGUCCUUGCCGAAAGCUCCGCCUCACCUCGCCCCCGACCGGCUUUGUACGCCCCCGACCCAUCCCCGCCAUAUUCGCUGGUCGUGCCCUGUCGGACCUCCCUCGCAUGGAGUCGCCGUUGACUGCGCAUGUUUCCUCUGCAACGAGCAGGAACCGCUCUGUCAACGAGCAUCUCUCCAGACCUCUAUUGCGUGGGGCUUGCCCUGCUCCUGGGCCAGCUUGGCAUCCCGGACCAGCAGCGCCCUAGCCGAAGUCGGCCCAGCUCCAGCCAGCGGAGGCCUCGCAAGCCCCAUCGAGCCGGCCCAUGGCCACUUGGGUGAGCUCCAGCCCCACCUCUGUUUUAUUGCGCCCGAGGCACAGAAGAACUAUAUUGCGCCACUAGUUUCAGCCAAUAUUAGUUUUUUUCGAGUUCGGCGAUUUUAUCUACUACUAGGGAUUUCAAAAAGAUGUAUAUUUUAAAACGUUUGUAACUUUUAAUCCGUGUGUCGGAUUGCGACAAGUUAUAUAUGUAACUUGGCUA